CCGGAAGUAAGGGGGAGGGAAUGCUCUUCAAUGUCUAGGCUACGGUGGGCCGUUGGCGUCAGCAGCAGCCGCAUCAGACAAGGAAUAACCUAAUGAUGGAAGAAUUUGAAGAUGGUGAUGCUCCUCCUGCUGAGGAGCUGUCUCAGUGCAAAAUCUGUAAACGAUUUUUCUUCCCCAAAGUCCUGGCGAAGCAUGGUAAAAUCUGCCAAAAGACAGCGACUAAAAGAAGAAAGGUAUUUGACUCGAGCCGGCAGAGAGCCGAGGGAACAGACAUCUCCACGCUGAAACCAAUUAAGCCAAAGUCACAAAGCUCAGCUGCCUCACACAAAGCAGAGCCUCCGAAGAAGCCCUCCAACUGGCGCAAGAAACACGAGGACUUCAUUGCCACCAUUCGAGCUGCCAAGGCCGCCACACAGGUAGUGAAGGAUGGGGGGCCGUUACCCCCACCUCCUCCUCCGUCUUAUGAUCCAGAUUACAUCCAGUGUCCUUACUGUCAGCGGAGGUUCAACGAGAACGCAGCCGACAGACACAUCAAGUUCUGCCAGGAGCAAGCCGCCCGCCUGCCCAAUAAAAGCAAGCCCGGAGACGCCAAGAAGACUCCGAGUCGCACACUGUCUAAGCCUCCUGCUCCUGCUCCUGUGAAGAAAGCAACCCCUCCUGCGGCAACAGCAAUCCCCUCGGCCUCCUCUCGUUUACCCCAGAGAUCGACCCUGGGACAGUCCACUGGAAUCCCAUCAAGUAAGGCUAACUCGGCGGGCUCAAUUAGAAGCAAUCCCUCUGGACUCUCCAGCCCACCAUCGGGUGUGGGAACUAAGACCAGAGCUGGAAACUUAGGCUACGGCUGUGUGAGGAACUCUACGUCUGGAAUCGGAGCCAACAAAAAGAAAGCUGACACCCACGCCUAUCGGAAUGACGUCGACGGCAGACAUGAUGUUGACAACGGCGGAAUGAAGAGCAAGUUCUGCCACGCCUGCGGUACCCAGUACCCCGUUGACUCUGCUAAAUUCUGCUGUGAAUGUGGGGUCCGGAGGAUGUGUAUCUGACGCGGGUCGAAAAAGCGGACGAGGAAGAGGGACGUAGGGAUGCACCAGCGUUCAAGGAGCACAUUUUCCAUCUUUAAUGUCACCCAUGCCGCUGGCUUCCUGGUAUCCGAGGGGCGUUGCUGCUCUAUGCAACCGAUCCGUUAGUGAUAUCCCACAACAAAUGUUGCUGAUUUAUUUAGGUCUAGCGGCGUUGAUAGUUAACUGCUAAGCUUUGAAGGUUGAGUAUCGUGAUGCAUGUCGGCUUAUACUGGAAAAACCCAUCCAAAUCAAUCAAUCAUAGAGUUUCUCCCAUUGCUGAAUUUUCAACGUGUAUGUACGUGUCGAAAACAGGGUGACUGCCCCGGGAUUAGCAAGUGUGCCGAAACUCACGCUGAGAGGCAUUUUGUAAAAUAGGAGGGGUGUGGGGGGGGGGUCAGGUGCAACUUGUUGGAGACAGGUGUGAUCGGCGUUCAAUGUCCAUCCCAACCUGAGACGCGUUCAGUCAUCUCAAACGGAAGGUUUUUCGCGUUAAAGUGCAAUAUAAUUGACUACUGAAAGAAAAGGUGGUUUUUACAGGUUAAUAUAGGUUCUAACUUUUCUCCCACCACGUUGUUUAGACAGGAAUCCCUCCUUAUAGGAACCUGAAAGCUUAGCGCUUGCUUAAAUGUCACUUUAGAGCCAAGGUGUCCCGUCAUUCCACCGUUACAGACAAAUGUAGCAUUUAUUCUUUCCUUUCAUUUCUCAUCAUUUCAAACCGUAAUUUUUUAUUUUAUUUAUUUUCUUAAUCCAUCUAAUUUUUCACUGAAUGAUUAGUUUUGUGUCCUGAAAUGUCCUUAAAUAUUGGACGUGCGUUUAAUUGUAUUGCAACUGUUUUUCUUGACUUUUUCUUAUGAAGUCAGUAUUCAGCGCAUUACAGUUUGUUGAAUCAUAAGUACAGUGAGACUAGUGUGUGUAUUUCUGUGGGAGGUCAGCCUAAACUAUUUAGGAGUCAACUGCGCUUAUCUACAUUCCCUCCUGUUUCAAUUUGUCAUCCCCCCCACCCCCACCCCCAACUCUUAACUAUGAUUUGAAUUUUUUUGUUUGUGUUUUGACGAGAAAGAGAAACCUAGCAUGCCACGAGAGGAGAUAUAUUUAAACAGAACGAACAGGUUUUUUUUGUGUUGUUUUUUUUUUUUUGCGCUGAUCACAGCAUUUACCGGUAACCUGUAUAUGGUUGUGCAACUAAUGCCAUGUAUACAUGUAUCAACAUCAAUAAACUUCUUUGAAGAGA